GGGUCGGGGGCGCGCGCGCCGCCCGCCCGUGUCCUUGGGGGAGCGGGGCCGCCUCAGCCAUGACGGCGGAGCUGCAGCAGGACGAAGCGGCCGGCGCGGACGACGGCCAGGCCUCGAGCUGCCAGAAGCUGUUAAGGCAGCUGAAGGAGAUCACUGGCAUCCAGGACCCUUCCUUUCUCCACGAGGCCUUGAAGGCCAGCGACGGUGACAUAACCCAGGCCGUCAGCCUCCUCACCGACGAGCGGGUGCGAGAGCCCAGCCGGGAUGCUGCCGCCGAACCUUCGGAGAGCGAGGGAAGUGCUGCCAGCCAAGAAAGCUCGGCCAGAUUCUCUCCCCGGACUGAUGAGGGGGAACGGACGUUCUCGUUGCCGUUCUCCGUUCCUUUUGCAGAAGUGAUCGACCUGACUCACGACAACAAAGAUGACCUCCAGGCAGCCAUUGCUCUGAGUCUGCUGGAGUCCCCGAAAAUUCCAGCGGACCAGAGAGAUCUCGACAGCAGGGUUCAAGGGGCGGCGGCCGAGAGCAAGCGCCCCAAGAGGAAACGCUGCGAGGUCUGGGGGGAGGACCCCAACCCCAACACCUGGAGGCGAGUGAGCGGCUGGCCCGUGGGGCUGAAGAACGUCGGCAACACCUGCUGGUUCAGCGCGGUCAUUCAGUCUCUCUUCCAACUGCCCGAGUUUCGAAGGCUCGUGCUCGGCUACAGCCUCCCGCCGAAUUUAAAGGAAAAUUGCCGGAGCCACGCGGAGAAGAGAAACAUCGUGUUUAUGCAGGAGCUUCAGUAUCUGUUCGCGCUGAUGAUGGGAUCAAACCGUAAAUUUGUGGACCCCUCGGCGGCCCUGGAGCUGUUGAAGGGAACCUUCCGGUCAGCUGAGGAACAACAGCAAGACGUGAGCGAGUUCACGCACAAGCUGCUGGACCGGCUGGAGGACGCCUUCCAGUUGGCCGUUAACGUCAGCCCGAGGAGUAGAUCUGAGAACCCGAUGGUGCGGCUGUUCUACGGCACGUUCCUGACCGAAGGAGUCCACGAAGGCAAGACCUUCUCCAACAUCGAGACCUUCGGCCAGUAUCCCCUGCAGGUGAACGGUCACCGGAACCUGAACGAGUGCCUGGAAGGGGCCAUGGUGGAGGGGGAGAUCGAGAUGGCUCCUUCCGACCGGUCGGCCAAGUAUGGACAAGAGCGGUGGUUCACCGAGCUCCCUCCCGUGCUGACCUUCGAGCUGUCCAGGUUUGAGUUCAACCAGUCCCUCGGGCAACCGGAGAAGAUCCACAACAAGUUGGAGUUCCCCCAGAUCAUCUACAUGGACCGGUUCUCGUACGGCAGCAGAGAGCUCGUCCGCACCAAGAGGGAGCACGUCCGGAAGCUGAAGGAGGAGGUGGCUCACCUGCGGCAGAAGCUGGACAGGUACGAGAGGUACGGCUCCGGCCCGGCUCGCUUCCCCCUCCCGGACAUGCUGCGGUACGUCCUCGAGUUCGCCGACACGCGGCCCGCCCCGGCCGAUUCCGACGCGCCGCCCGAGCCGGAGGGCCCGGCGGCGGCGGACGGUUCGCCGGCUCCCCUCGGCGAGCCUUCCGCGCCGCCGCCCUCGACCCGCCGGCCCGAACGCCCGGCGCCCCGCGCCGUCACGGAGGAGGAGAGGAGCUUCGUUCAGACCUGCCUUCGGCGGUGGAGAGAUGAGAUAGAGCAGGAUAUUCGAGAGCUGAAGGGUUCCAUCGCCAGCGCCAGCCGGGCCAUCGAGCAGAUGUACUGCGACCCCGCCCUCCGCCAGGUCCCCUACCGCCUGCACGCCGUCCUGGUCCACGAGGGGCAGGCCAACGCCGGGCACUACUGGGCCUACGUCUAUCACCGGUCCCUGAGCGCCUGGCUCAAGUACGACGACGGCUCGGUGACCGAGGCCUCCCGGGAGGAGCUGGAGAGGGACUCGUUCGGGGGCCUGAAGGACGUGAGCGCCUACUGCCUGAUGUACAUCGACGACAGGCUGCCCCCGGCCCCCGCAGAGGAAGGGGCCGGGGAGCCCGACCCCAUGUUGAGAGAGGCGGGCGGCCUCUCCGCCGAACUCCAGCGCUACAUCCGAGAGGACAACUGGCGGUUCGAGCAGGAGGUGGAGGAGUGGGAAGAACGGCAGUCCUGCAAGAUGCCCCAGAGAGAAUCCUCCCCGGCCUCGGAGUCCCGGGACUUCUCCGGCGCCUCCCCAGAGCCCCCCCCGGCCGCCGCCGCCUCCUCCUCCUCCUCCUCCUCCUCCUCCUGCUGCUCCUCCUCGGGCGCGCGCCGCCUGUCUUCCGAACACGCCGUGAUCGCCAAGGAGCAGACGGCCCAGGCCAUCGCCAACACGACCCACGCCUACGAGACCGGCGGCGUGGAGGCGGCCUUGACGGAGGCGAUGCUGAGCCCUGCCAUGCAGGGGGUCAUCCUGGCCGUAGCGAAAGCCCGCCAGACCUUUGACCGGGACGGGUCUGAAGCGGGGCUCGUUAAGGCGUUUCACGAGGAAUACUCCCGACUCUAUCGGCUGGCCAGGGAGGCCCCCACCCCGCGCAGCGAUCCCCGGCUCCAGCACGUCCUGGUCUACCUCUUCCGAAACGAGGCCCCCAAGCGAGUGGUGGAGCGGACCCUCCUGGAGCAGUUCGCCGACAGAAACCUCAGCUACGACGAGCGGUCGAUCGGCAUCAUGAAGGUGGCCCGGGCCAAGCUGAAAGAGAUCGGCCCGGAUGACAUGAACAUGGAGGAGUACAAGAAAUGGCACGAGGACUACAGUUUGUUCCGCAAGGUGUCCGUCUACCUCCUGACGGGUCUGGAGCUCUACCAGAACGGGAGGUGCCACGAGGCGCUGUCCUACCUGGUCUACGCCUACCAGAGCAACGCGUCCCUGCUGGUCAAGGGGCCCGGCCGAGGGGUGGAGCAGUCUCUCAUCGCUCUCUAUCGACGGAAAUGUCUCCUGAGACUGAACAACAUGGCGGCGUCCCUGUUUGAGACGAACGAGGAGCUCCACGUGGCCGAGGGCGUCGGCGUCGUGAACGAGCUCAUCAUCCCCUGCGUGCACCUCAUCGUAAACGACGACAUCUCCGCGGAUGACCUGGCCGCCGUCGAGGUCAUGAGGAACCGCUGGUGCUCCUACCUCGGGCAGGACAUCGCAGAAAACCUGCAGCUGCGGCUGGGGGAGUUCCUCCCGAGGCUCCUCGACUCGUCCGCCGAGAUGGUCGUCCUCAAAGAGCCGCCCACCAUCCGGCCCAACUCCCCCUACGACCUCUGCAGCCGCUUCGCCGCCGUCAUGGAGUCGAUCCAGGGGGCCUCGCCCGUGACCGUGAAAUAAACCGGCGCCCGAGCCCGGCCCGCGGGCGGCCCCCCCCCCCCCCCCGCCCCCGGGUGACCGGGGCCGGGGAGGGGGGCGGAAGGGCGCGGGGAGACUAGGGAGGGGGACGCCGACGAGCCGGAGCUCGGACCUCGGCCGUGCCGCGGGCGUAGGACGGCAAGAUUGCGCUUUCGGGUCCCGAUCUGUAAGAGCUGCCGUACCGCCGAGGGCGGGGACCGCUAUCCCGGGGCGGCCGCCCGUCGC